GCUCGUCUCUGCUGCAUUUUGAACCGUUCUUAUCCACAACCUAUCACCACAAGCAAAUCUCUAGUUUCUUUCCGCUUUCUCAGAUCUCUCCUUGCCAAGUCCGAAAAUUCGACGAGAUAAAAUGAGUGCUCCUCCCACGGAUACCACUAUCUGCCCUCUUGGACCGAUUGAUCCUGCAUCGAUCGAGGAUGCGGAGCACGAGAAAGCUGCUCCAUGGAUCGUCAGGAAGCUGGCGGGUUCCAUGACCGGAAGGAUUGUGAUGUCGUCCUAUGAAACGAUGAAAGCAGCAGGGACGACUGUCUUGUGUCUUUCUCCGUGGGGCGAUUCCUCGCCCUUAUUGUUGCCCUGCAUCAGGUUUCGAGAUCUAGCGGUCCACAUGGUCAUCGCAGGAACAGGUGGAGUCGCAGCAGUUGCAGCACCCGUCAUGUACCCCAUCUCGGACGCCAUCGUGACCGCUAUCGGCGACUCCAUCAUCAUAGAAAUCGGCAUGCACACUGGUUUUGAGCUUACAACCAAACUCGCGGACGAUCUCGUCAUUGGGCACCCUAUUAAGCAUAUGAUACCAGUGCAUUCAAAGAGGCUAGAGACUACUGCGAUCAAAAGCAUGUUGAUCACAUUGCCAUACAAACAUCUCGUGGGAGAUGCGGCGAUUGGAUUUUACAGGAGUAGCUUGCAUGAAGAUUCGUCCCUGUUUGCUACUGUGAAGGACUAUUUGGCGAUCGAGAAGGGUUGGUUUUCGCCGUAUCUUUUCGCUAGCGGCAGGCGCCCUAUUAUACCCCGAUCCAUGAAGCCCGACAUCAUCUUCUGUCAUGGACCAUUUUUGUCUGGUGACUACGAGGUCGGCCAAGCUAUAUUGCGGGAGUCCGCCCUUGUCAUAUCUUUCGCCACAGCGCCACCCAAAGAGCCUGGUGCAGAACACAAAGACGACGAUUCCACGUCCAAGGACAAACACGAGCACCACUCUCGUCUCAAGCUCUCGACUUACACGCACAAAGUUUCCUCUUUCUCCUCCCAACUUCCUCACCUCCAUUCCCUGUCCAGGUCUCCCUCACCCAACCCAUCGACCUCCCCCGACGUCGCAGCUACGUCGCGUACGCCCUCGCCUCCUCCGACCCUCACGCCUCUGCCACCUUCGCCACCUCGGCGACUCCUCAUUACCGUCAUCGCUCUUAAACCCCAUCGAGCAGGGCUGUGGACGUCGUCACAGAGACCUAACGAGUCGGUGAUGUACUACCAGCUGCUCAACGGGUGUCCAACGGUGGUUGUACCAGUGAGGCUCGGGGCACCUUUGGUUGCGUGGGAUGGGAUGACAUUAGAGGAGAUCUGGGACGUGGAAAUCCCGGAUGAUGAGAGUCCCGUCAAGGGCGCAUCUGCAGGAGCGGAAAGAAAGGAAGAAAAUAUUGGGAGUUUCGAAGGGACCGUAAGCGUUUUGUUCGAGUUUUUGGAUGUUUGUGUGGAGUGGGACAGGGUCGUGUUACCGAAGAACUCGGAUGGCGAGGUCGGGGCUACUCCCGACCCAGAUGGCGACAAUUCGGUUAAUGGAAGCUCCUCAGAGGCGAAGAAGGAAUCGUUGAAGGAUGCACUGAGGUUACUGCUCGCGGGUGCUGUGAGAAGUGGGAAGAGUAAGGAAGUGAGAAAGGAAGUAGAUAAGGAGAGAGCUGGGAUUGCGAUGUGGAGGAUUCCUUAAUUAUGAUGUGUACAAGGCCACGUUUGAGGAUACUGACAACGAUCUGAUUCAUAUAGGACAUCCAGAGAUACUUAUUCUUACACACCCUACUAUGUUACUUGCUUACCGCGACACUGUCUCGUGCUGUUCUAUUGCAUAUACCACGGUACCAAUCGAAUUUGAUGCAGU